AUGUCACAUUCGCCCACUAUGGCCUCGGAUGGGCUCAAUGCCGCGCCGCCUCCUCCGUCAAACCUCCUCGAUCUCCCCUUCAAUAUUCAGACGCUUCGCUCCAAGUUCUUCACCCUCGACGCGCCCGUGACCAUGUCCCUCUCCGAAUUCAACGCCGCCUGGCGCUUCCUCGACAACAUCUACGUGCGCAACCAGACCCGGCAGAGCAACGGUCGCACUAUCGAAUAUUACUGGUGCCGAUUAUGGCGCAAGACAGCACAUCAAUCGCGGAUCGCUCCGGAGGAGCGCAAGCGCAAGCGCACGGUCCGCGCGCCGGUCGCGUGUCCCUGCCGCGUUAAGGCGGUCACCGAGGGCGCGAUGAUCACCUUCUCGCGGCUUGGGGAGGCCCACAACCACGAGUACGCGGCGCUGGAACAUAAGGUCACCUCCGGGGUGCGGGAGCUGGCGGCCAAGGAGGUGUCCAAGGGGUACAAGCCGAGUGAGAUCGCGCAGAUUCUCAAGAGUACAGGGAACGGGAAUAUGGAUACGCUGCUGGCGGCGGGCGGGAGUGGGUUGACUCUGAAGGACAUCCACAAUGCGCGACAGUCGCAGACGCGGCGCAAGUCGAUGCCGCCUGAGCGGAAGGAGCCAACGGAGCGGGAUGAGCAGGCCAGCCGGGCGGCGGCGCUGCGGGGGGAACACAUCCGGGAGGUGCUAGACGGACUACAUCGGAAAUACCAUGAGCUAGAGUCGUUGACGGCGAGGUGGCCAGCGGAGGCGCGGGAGGAAGCGAUCGAAAGCUGGAUCAAGGAGCUGGAUGAGCGCACGCAGAGCCUACGACGGGAAUCCUUGGAGACGAUCCGGAACCGGCUGAAACCGCAGUUCCAAUGGGCGUUGAUGGUGGUCCAGCCGACAAUCGCAACGCCGACACAGAAUGCACCCGGCCUGAUCCCACCGGUCUACAGUGCACCGCCGGGUCUGCAUCCACCGCCUGGUUUCAUUGCUACCCCCGUUCGUAUAGCCGCACCUGUGCAGAGUGCCACCCUCGGUCCGAGUCCGAGAGCGGCCUUUGGCGCAAGUUCUCCAGGUUCGGAAAGUGUAGCCCCUGUUUCUGUGGCACAACCCGGUCCUGUAGCAGCAACACCCGGGUCUGUAGGGAACGUAGCGGUGAAGUCACCUCCAAGCGAUGACACAUGA